AUGAUAACGCUGUCACUGACACUGCGAAAACACAGCUGUCAUAUCACCAGCGGAUACCAGCAGGAACAGUGGCAGGAGAGAGUUCGCGGGACUCUGCAAGCUUUGAGGCAUCCCAUCGUGUUCCUCGAGCCAUUCGUAUCCGUCGUCAUUGUCGCCAAUGCCAUUUUGACUGGCUUUCAGACAGACCCACAAUACAGGACUUGGCCGGGCUGGAUUUACGUGGAAAUGUCAUUUGCGACUGUCCUGAUGUUCGAAACCUGGCUUUUUAUUCUGCAUUGCUUGAUACUUAAGACAUGGUUCAAAUGUUCGUCAAAUUUGUACUUUUUAUGA